AUCAUCUCCUUCCGAACAUAUUCCCCACCUUCCAGUACCCACCAGCGAAUCCCCCGAACCAAUCUCCCGAAGCAGCGAUGGCCCCCAAGGCGGAGAAGAAGCCGGCGGCGAAGAAGCCCGCGGAGGAGGAGCCGACCACGGAGAAGGCCGAGAAGGCCCCGGCGGCGAAGAAGCCCAAGGCCGAGAAGCGUCUGCCGGCGGGCAAGACCGCCUCCAAGGAGGGCGGCGAGAAGAAGGGCAGGAAGAAGGGCAAGAAGAGCGUGGAGACGUACAAGAUCUACAUCUUCAAGGUUCUCAAGCAGGUCCACCCCGACAUCGGCAUCUCCUCCAAGGCCAUGUCCAUCAUGAACUCCUUCAUCAACGACAUCUUCGAGAAGCUCGCCGGCGAGGCCGCCAAGCUCGCUCGCUACAACAAGAAGCCCACCAUCACCUCCCGGGAGAUCCAGACCUCCGUCCGCCUCGUCCUCCCCGGGGAGCUCGCCAAGCACGCCGUCUCCGAGGGCACCAAGGCCGUCACCAAGUUCACCUCCUCUUAGAUCGCUAGUGUCUUUCAGUGCUUGUAGUUACCAUGGUGUUUGACUAGUUUGUCUGAAUCUAAAAGUGUUCGUGAUGGAUGAAA